AGCGACCGUGCACCUCGUCCCACUUACGGGGAUCCUCUCCAACGACUCGAAGAAGUUCAAGGCCUAUUCUGUGUACGCGUGGGGCGGCCCCUUCGUCGUCACCUCCGUCAGCGCCCUCCUCUUCUUCCUGCCGGAGAGAUACGUCGCGGCCGGCGUGGUUCGGCCGGACUUCGGGGUCAAUACGUGCUUUUUGGACGGCGACCUCGAAUACCUCGUCCACUUCUACGGCCUGGUUGGUGCGCUGUUCCUCGUCAAUCUGCUGCUUCUCGGCCACACCAUCUACAUGCUGUUCCGAGCAGGGGCCGCGUUCAACUGCUGCAGCAAGACCGAGAGCCCGAGAGCGUUCAAUCGCAGCCACCUCGACGCGUACUGGCAGCGGUUCAGUCUGUUCACGCUGAUGGCUGUCUGCUGGGUCACGGAGGUGCUCUCCUGGAAGAUCCCGCCUGCUGGCAUGUGGAUUGUCACCGACCUUCUGAACUCCUUGCAAGGUCUCGUCGUGUUCCUCAUCUUCCUUUCGAGCAAGAAGAAGAGACAUCUGGUGGUGGAAUUCUGCCAAAAGACGGGGUUUCUCGCACGUCUCUUCAAGUGCGACUCGAAGGCUUUGUCGCCCACUUGAAGAGGGUCGAGGGACAGGAGGGAGAGAAAGGAGGGAGAGAAAUAUAAUGUGAUAUUAGAUAGAGGAUAAUUGUGAUGAUGGCGAUGGUGGUAUGGUGAUGGGGAUGAUAUGGUGAUGCUUGAUGGUGAUGAUGUUACAGUGAUGAUGAAGAUGGUGGUCAUGAUAAUAAAAUAACAAUAAUAAUAGUAAUAAAACACGGUGAAUGUAAUGUACCUGUUAGUACAAAGUGUGUCACUUGAAACAUUUUUGUAGACCUACCAUACAGGACAAACCAUUUGAUAAUGGUGACGCUUGUGAGAGAGAGAGAAAAAAAAAUGGUUCCAUGGAGUGAUAAAAAGAUAACCUGAAAUAAACACAACAGAAACCUAUCUUCAGUACAUACCAUUUAUAGUUCUCCACGAGCGAGGUAAUUAACGUGGUUUAUUGUCACCAAAAUGAAACUGUCAUUUGUGGAAACCUGCAGUCUUAUGUGGUGAAUAUGACGUUGCAGCUGAUUAUAGGAAUGUCGAGAUAAAUAUAUCUACGUCUGAAACUGA